AUGUCAGUUUUCCGUUAUAAUCCUCGAGAUUACUUCUAUACUUCACCGAUGGAACGUUUCAUAGUGAAUCUUCUUGAUAAUACAUUCGAUGACCGUUAUCGACCACUGCAAAGUGUUGCGCCAUAUUGGCUAAACCAACCAGUACUGAACGAAUGCAAUAUCGGAAAUGCGCUCGGAGAGGUAAUAAAUGAAAAGGAUAAGUUUGCAAUUCAAGUUGAUGUUUCUCAUUUCCAUCCGAAGGAACUUUCGGUAUCGGUUCGAGAUCGUGAACUAAGUAUUGAGGGUCAUCACAAGGAACGUAACGAUCAAUCAGGACAUGGCAGUAUUGAACGUCACUUCGUUCGAAAAUACGUCAUGCCAGAAGAAGUGCAAACUGACACUAUCGAAUCGCAUUUGUCCGAUAAAGGAGUGCUGACAAUCUGCGCCACCAAAACAAUGAUCGGUUUACCUGCAGCACGAAACAUUCCUAUUCGAGCAUCUCCAAAGGAACCGGAAGCAAGUGAGAAAUCGGCGUCAAACGGUACAGGGCAGUGA